AUGGUGAUUUGUAGUGAGGCCGUGAAGACCGAGGAUAGCAGCACAAGUUGUGGAGCGAGCAGCGACCACCGCUGUGGCUACUGGCUAGCAAUUUGCGAGCGCAGGGUACGGCGAAAAGGAGCUUCCUCUUGGAGCAAGAUUCGAGUGUUACAGAGCUUAGCUUCCGCAUCUGCAACGCGUGUGAUUUCAUUUUACCUCCUGGCCAGUCAACACUUCGUAAUCCAAUUACUGUCGAUGCCGUUGAACCCCCCCCCCCCCCCUUUCAAAAUUCUCAAGACGGCAUGGGAGUGUGUAUUUGCUUUGGAGAUUGUGGAAUGUCUGUGUGCCCUCUAG